AUGGAAUCGCAGCAAAAAACCACUGGUGUGGACAUCAAGAACAAAUCAGGAAGUCUCACAGCUCCCACACCUCAAAAUACACCCAUCAAUCCUGCUCCUAUCACGUCUAGUUACCGUCCUACUAUUUCUUCAAUUUCAGAAGACGCAGAAAGCAGUAAUGCCGAUAACACUGCUGCUUCUAAUCUUGCUGGUGCUUUUACAGGAAACCCAGCCCUUUUGAGUAUGCUUCAAGGAAAGCUAGGUACUCUAGUAGGCCGUCCCUCUGGAUAUAUUGAUUCAUUGCCACCUUCCGUUAAGCGUCGUCUUAAUGGCCUCAAAUACCUUCAAUCCAAGCAUGCCGAACUUGAAAAUAAGUUUCAAGAAGAGGUUUUAGCCUUAGAAAAGAAAUAUUUGCAGUUGUACCAGCCUUUAUAUGAUCAACGUGCUAAAGUGAUUAGUGGGGCUUACGAGCCUACAGACGAGGAAGUGGCUGCCGGCGAAAAGGUAGACCAAGAAGAAGAUGAGGACAAUGAGACCACAGCAGAUAAAGAUAAUAAUGACGAUAACGAAGACUCGGAAGUCGAUGAUAAGAACAUUGAGGGCAUUCCUGAAUUCUGGUUGACCCUUUUGAAGAAUCAUCCUCAAAUUUGCGAAACUAUUACCGAGGAAGAUGAAGGUGCCUUGAAGCAUUUAGUUGAUGUGCGUAUAUCGUACAUGGAUCAACCCGGCUUCAAACUUGGUUUCGAAUUCAAGGACAAUGACUAUUUUACAAAUAAGGUAUUGACGAAGACUUAUUAUUAUCAAGACCACGCUUAUGGUGGCGAUUUUGUUUACGACCACGCUGAAGGUUGCACUAUCGAUUGGAAGGAAGGCAAAGACCUGACAGUGACAGUUGAAACUAGAAAGCAACGUCAUAAGGGCACCAAUAAAACUCGUGUCGUGAAGCGUACUGUUCCCUCAAAUUCCUUCUUUUAUUUCUUCAGCCCACCUGUAAUUCCUGAUGAAAACGAAGAGAUUGACGAAGAAGAGGCCGAAGGUUUGGAUGCUAAACUUGAAGCUGAUUACGAGAUGGGUGAAGAGUUCAAAGACAAGAUUAUUCCUCAUGCUGUUGACUACUUCACUGGCAAGGCUUUGCAAUACGAAAACUAUGAUGAGGAGGAUUAUGAUGACUACUACGAAGAUGAAGAUGAUGAUGAAGAUGAGGAAGACGAAGACGAUGAAGAUGAUGAUGAUGAUGAUACUGAUGCUGCCCCUACCAAAGGUGAAAAUGCUCCCGAGUGUAAACAAUCGUAA